AUGUUCGGGAUCCAGGACGGACUCCCGCGAGGCUUCGCGGCCAGCCUGAAGGAGGAACCGUCCACGGGUCGCUCCUGGAUGCGUUCCGGCCUGCCGGAGACCGCCGCCGCCGCCGCCGAGAGCGGCUUGGCCCGAGCCCACUUUGAGAAGCAGCCGCCGUCCAACCUGCGCAAGUCCAAUUUCUUCCAUUUCGUCCUGGCGCUUUACGACCGCCGAGGGCAGCCGGUGGAAAUCGAGAGGACGUCCUACCUGGACUUUGUGGAGAAGGACAAGGAACCCGGCCCGGAAAAAACCAACAACGGAAUUCAUUACAAACUUCAGCUGCUCUACGGCAACGGCGUGAGAGCGGAGCAGGACCUCUACGUUCGACUCAUCGAUUCCAUCAGCAAACAGGCGAUCGUCUACGAAGGUCAAGACAAGAAUCCCGAGAUGUGUAGAGUUCUGCUGACCCACGAGAUCAUGUGCAGUCGCUGCUGCGACAAGAAAAGCUGCGGCAACAGAAACGAGACGCCUUCGGAUCCCGUCGUCAUCGACAGAUUUUUCCUCAAGUUCUUCCUCAAGUGUAACCAGAACUGUCUGAAGAACGCCGGCAACCCGAGAGACAUGAGGAGGUUCCAGGUGGCGGUGUCCACGACGCUCGACGCGGACGGACACGUCCUUGCCGUCUCGGACAACAUGUUUGUGCACAACAACUCCAAACACGGGCGGCGAGCUCGGAGACCGGACCCGUCCGAAGCGUGUCCGUGCAUCAAGGCCGUGAGCCCCGGCGAAGGUUGGACGACGGGGGGCGCCGCCGUCAUCCUCAUCGGGGAGAACUUCUUCGACGGCCUUCAGGUGGUCUUCGGGAGCAUGUUGGUGUGGAGCGAGCUCAUCACGCCGCACGCCAUACGCGUGCAAAGUCCCCCCCGGCACAUCCCCGGGGUGGUCGAGGUCACCUUGUCCUACAAGUCCAAGCACUUCUGCAAAGGGGCGCCCGGGCGCUUCGUCUACACGGCGUUAAACGAGCCCACCAUCGAUUACGGAUUCCAGAGGUUACAGAAGGUCAUUCCUCGUCACCCGGGAGACCCGGAGAGGCUGCCCAAGGAAGUGCUACUGAAGCGAGCCGCCGACACGGUGGAAGCCUUGUACGGAAUGCCGCACGGCAACCAGGAGAUGAUCCUGAAGCGCGCCGCGGACGUGGCCGAAGCGCUCUACGGCGUCCCGCGGAGCGCCGCGCAGAUCCCCGCGCCCGACGCGCCUACGCACGGCGCCGUCGACUCGUUCGCCGUCGACCGGGCCGCUCAAGGUGGCUACGCUCGCAACGGGCGGCCGUCGCCCCGCGGCUACGCCCCCGGCUCCGCCCCGCAGCAGAGUAACUACGGCGACGGCAUCGACGGCUACGCCGGCGCGGCUAACCUCGGGGCGGCUUCCUCCGCCGGCUUUCUCGACGGAUCCUCCGCCGGUUCGCCCUACGGCAUCCUGUCGAGCGGUCCCGCGUCCAACUGUAGCUCCGCCCACGGCGUCUUCGCCUUCUCCGCAAACGUGAAAGCCAAGAGCGCCUUCGCGCCCGUGGUGAGACCCGCCUCCUCGCCGCCGCACGACAUCUGCGGGCUGCAAGCCAUGUCGGGCCUGGCGGUGCCGCCCAUGUAG